AUGGCUCGGGGCAGUGAGCACGUCCUGCCCACAGCUGCCCCCCCCCUGACGGCGCCCCUCCAUGGCAGGAAGCUGGGCAAGAAGGCGACGGUGGGGCACGAGGCGCAUUUCCUGUGUGAGGCCGGCUUCCGGCUGGCGGGCUCCGAGUCGCGCACCUGCCUGCGGGACCGGACGUGGAGCGGCCAGCAGCCCGUCUGCCGGAGUAUCAGCCACUGCGCCAGCAACCCCUGUGCCAACGGCGGGACCUGCGUGGAGGACGUGCAGCAGUUCACCUGCGUGUGCCCCAGCAGCUGGUCAGGCAGUAACUGCCAGACCCCCGUCUAUUCCUACUGGGUGACGCUGAGCAACUCGUCCUUCAGCCACCAGCCCCGCUGCGCAGACACCCGCCUGGGCUCGCGCCGCUGCGCCUGUGACACCGGCUUCCAGCUGCAGGCUGGCAGCGUGUGCCAAGAUGUUGACGAGUGCCAGCGCUCCCAGGCCAGCUGGCAGACCCGCCUCUGCGCACACGACUGUGUGAACCUGCCCGGCUCCUACCGCUGUGUCUGCCCCCAGGGCUACCUGCGCCCUGCAGACCAGAACCUGUGCACCGAUGUAGACGAAUGCGCCGACAAUCAGCACAACUGCAGCCGUGGCGAGCUAUGUGUCAACGUCUUCGGAGGCUACCGGUGUGUGCGCCCCGAGUGCCCCAAGCCCAGGCUCAACACCAGCUACGUCAAGACCUCCGUCUAUCAGUGUGAGCGCAAUCCAUGCCCCGUGAACAGCAGAGCCUGCCGCCUGGCCGCCAACUCCAUCUCCUUCCACUACCUGCCGCUCCAAUCCAACCGCACCGUGCCAAGGGUGCUCUUCAAGAUGUCCACCACCCACCUGGUGGGUGAGAGCCUGCGCUUCGCCAUCACGGGUGGCAGGGGCCAGGGCGUCUUUGCCGUGCGGCGCUCCGACCGGCACACCGGCGAGCUGAUCCUCACCAGCCCGGUGGUGGGGCCGGCCACCUUGGAGGUGGAGCUGGAAAUGAGCAAACUCGCCAGGAAGGUUCUUCUUGGGAAGCACAUCUUCAGGGUCACGGUCUUCAUCUCCCGAUAUGAGUUCUGAGCCCCCCAAAGCCGCCGGCCUGACGCAGUCCAGCAGAGACACCCGCCUCAGAGCCGAGACGGGGCUUCCAGGGCAUCCAGCCAAGCUAGCCGUCUGGGGCGCCCAUGCUGGCUUCUAGAAAAUGUCUGGGGAGCUGCCUCCUUGGAGACCCCCAUUCUUCACCUGGCAAAGACCUCGCCCCUAGUGUCCUGCCCGUAUAGCAUGUCACGGUCUCACUGGGGCUGGCUGUGGAUGGCAGAGAAAUCACCAUGGCCAGUGCCCAGCAGUGCAGGGUGGAGGGUAGCUGAGCUGCUCCCCAGCCUGGGCACAAGCCCAUGGGGUGUCCCGUGUCGGCUGCCAGCUGCACUUCUCUGCCGCCCCUCCAGCUUGCAGUCCCCUGGGCUUAGACGUCGCCUCCAGCUAGGGCAGCAGCAGCACUGCGAGCCCACCUGGGGCAGAAGAGCAGGACCUGCCAACGGGGGAUUUGGCGUCUCAUACGUAGUAACAUAAAAUA